AUGAACCAUCAACAGCAGCAGCAGCAGAAAGCAGGCGAGCAGCAGCUGAGCGAGCCCGAGGACAUGGAGAUGGACUCUGGAGACACAGAUGACCCACCAAGAAUCACUCAGAACCCUGUCAUCAAUGGGAAUGUAACCUUGAUUGAUGUGAACAGCAAUGCAGAUGAGGACAUGGAGGACAACACCAGUUGGUGCUCCGAGGCAACCUUUCAGUUCACCGUGGAGCACUUCAGCAGACUGAGUGAGUCGGUCCUUAGCCCUCCGUGUUUUGUGCAAAAUCUGCCAUGGAAGAUUAUGGUGAUGCCAUGCUUUUAUCCAGACAGACCACAGAGAAAAAGCGUAGAAUUCUUUCUCCAGUGCAAUGCUGAAUCUGACUCCAUGUCGUGGUCCUGCCACGCACAAGCAGUGCUGAAGAUAAUAAAUCACAAGGACUAUGACAAAUCAUUCAGCCGGCGAAUCAGUCACUUGUUCUUCCACAAGGAAAACGACUGGGGAUUCUCUAAUUUCAUGGCCUGGAGUGAAGUGACUGAUCCUGAGAAAGGAUUCAUACAUGAUGACAAAGUCACCUUUGAAGUUUUUGUGCAGGCAGAUGCUCCCCAUGGAGUUGCAUGGGACUCAAAGAAGCAAACNGGCUAUGUUGGCUUAAAGAAUCAGGGAGCCACAUGUUACAUGAAUAGCUUGCUGCAGACCUUGUUUUUCACAAAUCAGUUCAGAAAGGCUGUGUACUUGAUGCCAACAGAGGGNGNCNCUGAUUCAUCUAAAAGCAUCCCUUUAGCAUUACAAAGAGUUUUCUAUGAAUUACAGCACAACAAUAAGCCUGUAGGAACAAAAAAGCUCACAAAGUCAUUUGGGUGGGAAACUUUAGAUAGCUUCAUGCAACAAGAUGUUCAAGAGCUUUGUCGAGUGUUGCUUGGUAAUGUGGAAAAUAAAAUGAAAGGCACCUGUGUAGAGGGCACCAUUCCAAAGUUAUUCCGUGGCAAAAUGGUGUCCUAUAUUCAGUGCAAAAAAUUAGACUACCGUUCUGAUCGAAAAGAAGAUUAUUAUGAUAUCCAGCUAAGUAUAAAAGGAAAGAAAAACAUAUUUGAAUCAUUUGUGGAUUAUGUGGCAGUAGAACAAUUAGAUGGUGAAAAUAAAUAUGACGCUGGGGAGCAUGGCCUGCAGGAGGCAGAAAAAGGUGUGAAAUUUCUAACAUUGCCCCCAGUGUUACACCUGCAACUUAUGAGGUUCAUGUAUGACCCUCAGACGGACCAAAACAUCAAGAUCAAUGACAGGUUUGAGUUUCCAGAACAGUUACCACUUGAUGAAUUUUUGCAAAAAACAAACCCUAAGGACCCUGCAAAUUAUAUUAUCCAUGCAGUCUUGGUUCACAGUGGAGAUAGUUAUGGUGGACAUUACGUGGUUUACUUAAACCCCAAAGGGGAUGGCAAAUGGUGUAAAUUUGAUGAUGACGUGGUAUCCAGGUGUACUAAAACCAUGGGGUUUCCACAAGAUCAGAUUCGAUUGUGGUCUAUGCAAGCAAGAAGUAAUGGAACAAUGCGGCUUGCAAUGUUAGAUAAUGAAGCUGACGGCAAUAAAACAGUGAUUGAACUGGGUGAUAAUGAUGAAGACCCUUGGACAAUAUUCCUGGAAACACUUGAUCCUGAGCUGGCUGCUAGUGGAGCAACAUUGCCCAAGUUUGAUAAAGAUCAUGAUGUAAUGUUAUUUUUGAAGAUGUAUGAUCCUAAAACACGGAGCUUGAAUUACUGUGGACAUAUCUACACACCCAUAUCCUGUAAAAUACGUGACUUGCUCCCGGUUAUGUGUGACAGAGCAGGAUUUAUCCAGGAUACUAGCCUUACCNUCUAUGAGGAAGUUAAGCCNAAUUUAACAGAGAGAAUUCAGGACUAUGAUGUGUCUCUUGAUAAAGCCCUUGAUGACCUGAUGGAUGGUGACAUCAUAGUAUUUCAGAAGGAUGACCCAGAAAACGNUAACAGUGAGCUNCCCACUGCUGAAGAAUAUUUCAGAGAUCUCUACUACCGGGUCAACAUCAUCUUCUGUGACAAAACCAUCCCCAAUGACCCUGGAUUUGUGGUCACAUUAUCAGAUAGGAUGAAUUAUUUUCAGGUUGCAAAGACAGUUGCACAGAGGCUCAACACAGACCCCAUGUUGCUGGAAUUUUUCAAGUCUCAAGAUUAUAGUGAUGACCCUGGUAAUACUUUUAGGCAUAAUUCCAAAGGCACUUUAAAAGAUCUCCUACAAUUCUUCAAGCCAANNCANCCUAAGAAACUUUUCUAUCAGCAACUUAAGAUGAAAAUCACAGACUUUGAGAACAGGAGAAGUUUUAAGUGUAUAUGGUUAAACAGCCAAUUUAGGGAAGAAGAAAUAACACUAUACCCAGACAAGCAUGGCUGUGUCCGGGACCUGUUAGAAGAAUGUAAAAAAGCAGUGGAGCUUGNUGACAAAGCCUCAGGGAGACUUAGGCUGCUAGAAAUUGUGAGCUACAAAAUUAUUGGUGUGCAUCAAGAAGAUGAACUAUUAGAAUGCAUAUCUCCUGCAACGAGUCAGACUUUUAGAAUCGAGGAAAUACCUUUGGACCAGGUAGACAUAGAUAAGGAAAACGAGAUGCUAAUCACAGUGGCACAUUUCCACAAAGAGGUGUUUGGGAGAUUUGGAAUUCCGUUUUUGCUAAGGAUACAUAAGAGUGAGCAUUUCAGAGAGGUGAUGAAGCGGAUUCAGAGCCUGCUGGACAUCCAGGAGAAGGAAUUUGAAAAUUUUAAAUUUGCAAUUGUCAUGAUGGGUCGGCACCAGUACAUCAAUGAAGAUGAGUAUGAAGUGAAUUUGAAGGACUUUGAGCCACAAUCUGGUAACAUGUCUCAUCCUCGACCUUGGUUAGGGCUUGACCACUUCAACAAAGCCCCAAAGAUGAGUCACUAUGCUUACCUAGAAAAGGCAAUUAAAAUCCACAACUGA